AUGGCCCCGGAGGGCCCUGCAGGACCCCUGCCUGCCAGACCAGCAAACGGUGGCGAUCGCGCCCCCCGGCCGCUGCUGGGUCGGACGCCGUACCCGGGCCCCCUUAGUCGCCCCCCAGCGCCGUGCGCGCCUGGAGGCGGGGCCAGACUCAGCCCGCGACCCCUGAGCCCCCAGGUCAGCCCCAAAGGGGAGCGGGCGCGGCGUGGGGCGCGGCCCGGGCCCCCGCGGCUCCGGGCAGCGGGGAGGGGGCCCGGCUGUUGGCUCCGGUCCGCCCUGGCCCUGCCCGGUUCGCCCCGGGGCCCACCUGACUGCGAUGGCGCCGCGUCCGCCAGGCCCGGCUCAUCACCGUGGCCGCCCCCGGCCGCUCCGGUUUCGCCCGCCUCCAGCUCCGGCUCCGGCUCCGGCUUCGGCCCCGGCCCCCCCAGCGCCCGGCCCCGGCCCGGCCCCGCCGCCGCCGCCGCCGCCGCUGACAUCAUCGGCUCCCCCCGCCCCGGUCCUACCCCCACCCCCACCCCCGGAAACAGUACCCCCCCAGCGCCGCCGCCGCCGCCGCCGAGAGGAGGCCGGCGCAGCGCAGCCGGCACAGACACCAGGCUCCGGGCUCGGACUUGGGGCGAGCGCGCCCGACGGCCUGCGCCCGGAACGAUCCCAGGAAGGGAGCGGCGCCACGCAGGGCCGCCGGACGAGUGGGCACCGAGCUGGGCGCCGGCCUGGAGGCAGCAGCAGCGGCGCCCGGCCGCACGACCACCCAGUCCCUGGGAAGAGGCUGCCCCUACCCCCGCCCCCGCCCCCUGCGCGCCCUUCACUCAGUGGUGCACAUCGCCCAGAGCACGCACACCCUCUCCGCAGACACACAACGUGGCAGGCUCACAAACUAAAAACCGAAGACGUCUCAUCACAGAAGUAGUUGAAAAGAGGAAGAAAAGAAUCAGAGAGGCUCUGGAAUCACAAAAACAGAAAGCAAGCAGAGUGGGAAACAAUAAGAAAAUAGGCCCACUCCCACCUGAGGGAGAUUCCAGGGAAGAACCUCCUACCCCCACCUCAGGAAGGUUCCAGGGAAGAACCCCACGACCCCUCCAACCAGGUCACAAUGGCUUGAGCUCUGAAGGGCCCAGGGCCCCUGAACCAGGAGGAGAGCAGGAAGUCCAAGGAAAGAUGGCUGGCAGUCACCCCUACUUCAACCUGCCCGACUUCACCCAGCCAUCACCGCCCUCCACUCCGUCCAGCCUCCCCUCGCACCAGCGCUGCCGGCCCUCUGACGCCACCAAGGGCCUGCUCGUGGCCCUGCUGGGUGGGGGCCUGCCCGCUGGCUUCGUGGGCCCCUUCUCCCGUAUGGCUUACCAGGCUUCACACUUACCCUCACUGGAGCUGCUCAUCUGUCGAUGCGUCUUCCACCUCCCCAUUGCCCUGCUACUUAAACUGCGUGGCGACCCCCUCUUGGGACCUCCCGAUGUCCGGGGCCGGGCCUGCCUCCACGCCCUGCUCAACGUCCUCAGCAUCGGAUGUGCCUACAGUGCGGUUCAGGUGGUGCCCGCUGGCAACGCUGCCACCGUCCGCAAAGGUUCUUCCACCGUCUGCUCUGCUCUCCUCGCCCUCUGCCUCGAGAGCCAGCGUCUCAGCGGCUAUGACUGGUGUGGCUUGUUGGGCAGCACCCUGGGACUCAUCAUCAUCGUGGGACCUGGACUGGGGACACUGCAGGAGGGGACCACGGGCCUCUACACUGCCCUGGGCUAUGUGCUCGCCUUCCUGGGUGGCCUGGCCCUGUCCCUGGGGCUGCUGGUGUAUCGCUCCCUGGACUUCCCCUCCUGUCUACCCACAGUGGCCUUCCUGUUUGGCUUGGUGGGGCUGGUGGGCUCUGUGCCAGGCCUCUUUAUGCUGCAGACCCCCGUGUUGCCCAGUGAUCCUCUGAGUUGGAGCUGUGUGGGGGCAGUGGGGAUCCUCGCCCUGGUCUCCUUUGUGUGUGUGAGUUAUGCAGUCACCAAGGCCCAUCCUGCCCUGGUGUGUGCCGUCCUGCACUCUGAGGUGGUGGUGGCCCUGAUGUUGCAGUAUUACGUGCUCUAUGAGACCGUGGCACCUUCUGACAUCAUGGGGGCAGGGGUCGUGUUGGGCAGCAUUGCCAUCAUCACCGCCCAGAACCUCAGCUGGGAGAGGGAAGGGCAGGUGGAGGAGUGAGAUCGAACUUG